AUGGUAAAGCAAUUUGUCUCCGUGCCACCUCGAUUUCUUGCGUGGCAGCAGAACUGCUUGGAGUCGCAUCCUUCCAAACUCCAUAUUCUGCGACUUCGUGGCUCUGAUGAAUCUCUCGUUUUGGAGGAGACUGAACUGAAGCAGCUCGUCAACGAGAAACACCCCAACUCCCAGUUCAUUUCUACUCAUUUCGCAGCCAUGGGUAGAAACUACAAAACCCUACGCCACGUUAUUAAACUGGGCGCAAAUGUAGAUGCAUUAGAUCAAGUUGGACAGACGCCACUGAUGAAGGCUCUCCGUUUUAAGCCUCUGGAUGACGACGCUAAAAGAAAACAGAUGUUAUGCAUCCAGGUACUCCUUGAUGCUGGUUGCAAUUUCAAACACAAAGACCAGUACAAGUUAACCGCGGCUGAUCACGCCACCAGAAAUGGGCUCGACUUCUUCCACAAGAUUCUCAAGAGAAAGAUUGCAGAGCAGCGCCGCCAGGUGCCAGGAUCUGAUGAAGACGAAAAUCAAAAUGCCAAGUUGCAUCGAUCUCAAAAAAACCGAUCUCAAAAGAAAUAUUUAGCUUGA